AUGAAUCAAAAUAAUAAUAAUUUGGAAAAUGAAAAUUAUUCUAACAAAGUUACAAAUACUGAUGCCCCAAACUUAGAAAGUAAAGAAACUGAAGAUAAACAAUUUUCACAAAAUAAUGAAACGAACAUUGGGUUCGAUAAUAUAAAAUCAAAUUUAUGUAUGAAUACACAAACAUUUUAUGAAAAUCAAAUAGUAACUUCGUUGGCUAAUCAAAAUGAUGUACAAUGUGCCGAAAAUAACAAAAACAAUAGCAUGAGCAUAAACGUAAAUACAAAUGUUGGGUAUAGUAAUAAUUCGUAUCAAUCAGGGAAAGAAAUAACUUUUUAUAUUAACUCUGAAAUGCAAAAUGAUGAAAAUAAAAAUGGGGGUCAAGAAGGCUGUAUUGAAAAGCUUCCAAAAAAUGAUGGAAUAAAUAAUGAUAAGAUUGAUGUUGAAAAAAAUAAAAAAUCGAUAAAUCGAGAAAAAGAAAAAAUAUUAAUGAGGCAUACAAAUACUGUUUUAAGAAAUAUUGUUACAAAAAAAUCGGCUAAUAUAAAAAAUAGUGUUCAUAAUAUUUUUUUUUCAAACAUUAGUUCUAUGACAUUUGACCCAUGUAUUGAAUUUGCUAAUAAGUCAAAAGGUGAUAAUAAUAAAAGAAAUAUAAAUUCAGAUAACAAAUUAAAUUUUGUAAAUGAUUUCACAAAAGAUGAUGUGGAUAAUAAAAAUAGCAAUACAACAAAAGAUGAACUAAAUUAUAUAUAUCAAAUUUUAAAUUUAGGAUUUAUUACAUCAGAAAAAGAUGAAAAUGUAGAAAUAACUGAAAAAGGAAAAGAAAUAAAACGAAUAUACAAUGAAAUUGUUAAUCUAUAUAAACAGAAAUGUGAAAAUGAAGCACUAACAUUAGAAGAAUGCUUAUUAAAUAUCCAAUCAAAUAAAACUUUAAUUGAACUUUUAUUUUAUAUUUUGAAAAAUCAUAAAAUAAUAAAUAAUAAAUAUACUCAACAAUGUUAUCAUAUUCAAAAUGAUAAAAUAAAUCCAAAUAUGUUAAAUUAUGAAACAGUUACAAAUAUCCAUAAAGAAUGGAGAAAUACUAAUGAUGUAAAUAGUAAUACACAAAGUUAUAAUUUUUUAAAUAUAAAUGAUAAUAAUAAUAAUAAUAAUAAUAAUAAUAAUAAUAAUAAUAAUAAUAAUAAUAAUAAUAAUAAUAAUAAUAAUGAUGAUGGAAACACACAAUGUUUCAAUGAAUAUUCUUCCUUAAAUAAUAUAUAUAAUCAAACAUCGACAAAAAUUAAUUCUGAUCAAAAUAACAAUUUUCCAUUUUUUGGAAAUACUACUAAUGUCAAUAAAACUUUUUCUAAUAAAGUAUAUAAUAAUUAUGAUGAAAAAGAAAAUAUUACAAGUCAAGGAAGCUCAAAUGAUGUAUAUAAAUGUGUUAGUUGUGAACAAAUAUGUAUGCAUGCAUAUUAUAUAUUAAAACCAAAUAAUAUAAAAAAUAUAUCUUAUAGUAUUUUAGAUAAAUGUAUAUGGUGUAAUAAUUGUUAUAAUUCUUCUAAAUAUCCAAAUAUUUUAAAUAGCUCUAAUUUUGUUAAAGUUAAUGUCCCAUAUACAUUUUCUGAAACACAAUGGAGUGUUUAUGAAAUUGAAAAAUUAAUUGAUGGUGUUUGUAAAUAUAAAAAUAAUUGGGAACAAAUUAGUAAAUAUGUUAAAACUAAAACACCAUAUGAUUGUAUAUAUAAGUUUAUUUCUAUGCCAUUAUCAAAUCCUUAUUUUGAUAUAGAUAAUGCGCUUAAUAUUAACAAUAUAUCUUUUCAAUCUUAUAAACAAAAUAAUACGCUUCUUUCCCUCCUUUCAUUUAUAUGUAAUUAUAUUAGUCCAUAUAUUGGGGCUUAUGCUGCUAAAAAAAUUGUUGAUAUUAUUUUGAAAAAGCAAAAAGAUUAUCAAAUAAGUAAAACUAAUAAUACAGAAAACCGCGAAAAGAAUGAAAAUAUUUGUACACCAACAUUACAAGAAGGAGUUAAACUGGAACAAACAGAAGAUCAGAAUAUAUUAACUUUUUCGAUUGAUAAAACUCAAAACGAUCAUGAAAAUCGUGAAAUUCAAAAUGGAGAUAACCAAAAGUGUAGCGACCCUGAACAAAAUGGCAUAUCAAAUGUCGUUGCACACAAACACGAACAGGAGGAAAGCGAUUUAAAAAAUAAGCAAACUAAUGAAAUAAUGGGUGACGAAAAUGUUAACAUGAAUAAUAAUAAUAAUGGGAAUGAUAAUAAUGGUCCAAAAGAUAUUCACCCAUCUACAUAUAUUUUAAAAGAAAAAGACAUGCAAGAAAUUCAUGAUACUAUUAUUAACGCUUCAAAAAAAAGAGCUAAACAGCUAGCUGAUCUGGAAAAACAUAAUAUUAAAAAAUUAUUAAAAGAAUUAGCCAUUAUAAAUACUAAAAAAGUUAAAUUAAAGUUGAAACAAUAUCAAUAUAUUCAAAAUUAUUUUGAAAUACAAAAUCAGUUGAUGGAAAAAAAAUUAUCCCACAUAGAAAAUAAGGACACAUGA